ACAUCUGAGUUUACAUUAAACCUGGUGAUAUUAACCGGCUUGCUUUGGGAAGAAAAAUGUCACAUAAGGUUAAACGCACUUAAGGAUAAUUAGGAUAAUAAUGAUAAUCGUGACAUUGUUAUCAAUGUUUUAGCGAGUGUUGUAUCAGUUAAAACCCUCCUGUAUGAUAAACACAAUAUAAACCUCUUUACUCUAAGAGGAGUUUGAAGUACAUGGAUUUAAUUGAUAGCCGUGUUGUACAAUAUUGAUGUAGGGACAGUGUAUAUGUUUCAUAUAAUAUACAAAUAUAUAUAUAUCUAAAUGUAGCCGAUAAAACACCAUUGUGUACAGAGGAUUAAUUUACCAAUCAACAUGGAAUUUUCAUUAAGGCUUGCAUUUUAUGCAUCAUAUCUACAUGUGUUCUCAAAUGUAUGUUUCAUGUCAAAUGGAAAGCCUGCUGGUAUGCUCUACCCCCGGGAUUCUGAAAGUCGAUCAUUACGACACCUGGACGGAAUGUGGGGAUUUAUGAUAGAUGAUUCGCCUUCAAGAAAUGAAAGUUUUGUCAAUAAAUGGUACAGUGAUCGUCUGUCACAGUUUGGAGACGUUAUACCAAUGCCAGUACCGUCCAGCUACAACGAUAUUACCAACAGCAAACUUGUGAGAGACUUUGUGGGGUGGGCAUGGUAUGACCGAGAGUUUUACUUGGACAACACGUGGUCAAACAAACGAAUAGUGCUCAGAAUUGACAGCGCCCACUACAACGCAAUUGUGUGGGUGAAUGGACAGGAAGCAAUGAGUCACGAGGGCGGCCAUCUUCCAUUUGAAGCGGAAGUGACGAAUAUGUUACAUCUUGAUGGUUCUAAUUACGUCACAGUGGCAAUGAACAAUACGCUUACACCAACUACCCUACCACCGGGCGCAAUCGAAUACAAAACAAAUCCAGAAAAAUACCCUGCUGGAUAUUUUGUACAAAAUCUUCAGAUGGAUUUCUUUAAUUAUGCCGGACUACAUCGUCACGUGACGUUAUAUUCAACACCAGUGACGUAUAUAGAAGAUAUAGAUAUCACCACUGACAUUCAAGGAAAUAAUGGUAUAGUCAGUUAUGUCAUCUAUUCUGGCGGCAAAGCUGACUUGAUCAACAUGAAGGUCGAGAUCAUUGACAAAGUGGGUCACGUGAUUGCAACCAAAACCAGUUACAAGGGCACCGUAACCAUUCCGGAUGCAAACCUCUGGUGGCCUUAUACAAUGAACGUGACUAGCCCAGGAUACAUGUAUACGUUAAAAGUUUCAGUAACAGACGACAACGGAGGUGUCUCUGAUAUUUACCGUCAGCCGUUCGGUAUCCGGACAGUGAGCGUUACAAAUAAAAGUCUCAUUAUAAAUGACAGACCAUUCUACUGCCAGGGAGUUAACAAACAUGAAGAUUCAGAUAUACGUGGCAAAGGUCUCGACUAUGCCCUCAUCGCGCGAGACUUUAACAUGUUAAAAUGGCUGGGGGUAAAUUGUUUCCGAACAUCACAUUAUCCUUAUGCUGAGGAGAUAAUGGAUCAAGCCGACCAGCAAGGUAUCGUUGUCAUCGACGAAAGUCCUGGUGUAGGGAUCUCAAAGACAAAGAGACUGAAGAGCUGCCGAUAUAAAAACACGAAGAUUCCAUGCGAAGACAUUGAUAAAUCACGAAAGAAAAAGAAACAGAAAUCAUCUAGUCUGAAAUACGAUUUCUCCAAAUCAAAUUCGUUCGACCGCAAGAAAAGGAAGCAGAAGAAAGGAAAAAUAAGUGUCACAAUUAGUGACGACAAUUUUAGCAAUAAGUCACUUGAGCAUCAUAAAGCUGUUAUGACUGAGAUGUACCAGAGAGAUAAGAACCGUCCGUCUGUCAUUAUGUGGUCAGUGGCUAACGAACCAGCAACAAAUAAGGCAAAAGCAGGACCUUAUUUCAAGAGCGUUAUAGACCACGUGCGGUCCCUCGAUUCAUCACGACCUGUGACGUUUGUCUGUAAUCAGGACUACAACACAGAUGUUGCGGUUCAGUAUGUCGACAUAAUCCUUGUCAACAAAUAUUAUGCGUGGUAUUCAGAUGUUGGUCACACAGAGUUGAUUCAACUACAACUAGAGAAUGACCUACGACAUUGGCACGCGAAAUUCAACAAGCCAAUGAUUUUGUCCGAGUAUGGCGCUGAUACAAUAGCUGGCUUUCACCAGGUACCAAGUUUUGUCUUCACUGAAGAAUACCAACGGGAGUUUUUAGAGCAAUAUCACAAAGCGUUCGAUACACUCUCAUCAGAAUUUCUAGUCGGAGAAAUGCCCUGGAAUUUUGCAGAUUUCAUGACUGUGCAAGGCAUUACACGUGUUGUUGGAAACAAGAAAGGGCUUUUGACACGUCAACGACAGCCCAAAAUGUCUGCCCAUUUGAUACGUGACAGGUAUAUGAGAAUGAUUCACGGGGACACGUGUAAAAAAUAUUAAUUUGUUUACACAUUGCACUGUAAUACUCCAUAUCUUGAAGUAGAAUAUCAAUAAUAGCUAUAUAUAGUGUACAAAACUGUAUGACAAUACUGUGUAUUGGUCAUGGAUAUUUUUAUAUAUUUUAUUAUUAACAAGAAUGUGGUGUAAAUGUUUAUAUCAGUUUUGUACAAAUAAACUUAUUUACUUUUAAA